GUUCAACUUACUUCCGCAAGCCGUAUUACAUUUCACUACGAUCCUUUCCAUCUCACUGUUUUGCGUUUUUCUUUUUCUCUUUUUUAUUUUUUCUAUUCUUUUAUAUCUUUUUUUUUAAUCGUUUUCGUGCUGCUUUAGUGAUUUAAUAUACACAUAACCAUAUACAUCUUUCGCUUGUUCCAUAGUUUUUCCAUCCCAUGUCACACCAUACGAUGCUUAUCAAUAGUAAUUAUUCCACACCUCCUCAUGAAAUGGAGGAUGAUACAAAGCUCGGACGUCGAACAUCGCUUGAUCCUAAUACGCGAACCCUUCAGCCAUUGUCAUCGUUUCGUCCGCUCGAUUAUGCAUCGCCUAGUCCUAGCAGUUCCAGAAGAGGAUCGGCGGUGGAAUCCACACUCCAGGGAAAUAACUGGUCCUAUCAUUCAAAUACGUCUUCGCCACCUUCUUCGCCCUCGCAUCCCGCUGUUAUGCGGCCGUCCCCCCUGGACCAUCGGCCUGAUCUCACAGGACGGUUUCUUCCGUCUCCACCGUUACCACCAUCAGCCCCAUGGCGACGUGAUUCCCUUCCAUCUAUUGCACACAUCACAGGUGGCGAUUUCCCGCCCUCUGCUGUUUUCCGAACUCCCUCAUCACCAGGAUACCUUGACGAUUCCAUGAGACGCCAUUCUAUUGCCACCUCUUUCCAUCGUGACAGUUCGUCGGCCGGGUCCUCACCUCGUCUGCAGCAUACCGAUGAAGAACCACGGCCUCGACGAACGAGUACCGUCCACACGCCUUAUUCUCGAUCACCCGAACUGCGAGUGAGUCACAAGUUGGCCGAACGCAAACGUCGCAAAGAGAUGAAGGAUUUGUUUGACGAUUUGCGUGAUUUACUACCGAUCGACAAGGGACUGAAAACAAGUAAAUGGGAAAUUUUAAGUAAAGCUGUCAAUUACAUUUCCGAUUUGCAUGAACGAGAGAAAAAAUUUGCUCAAGAAAAAGAAGAAUUGCAGCGCGAACUGACAAGAUUAUCAUAAUACUCAUCAUUUAAGCAAGCAAAUCAUGAUCAUCACACCCGAGAUGAAGG